AUGCCAUUCGACGAUAUCGUGCUCAACGACGGACGGAAGAUACCCAGCAUUGCUUUCGGAACGGGCAGCGUCUACAAGCGCAUGGACGUAACGACAUAUGUGAAACAGGCGCUCGACGCAGGUGCGGAACCAACUUCUCUUUUCUUCUACACCGUUCUGACCGAUGCGCUGGCAGGCUUUUCCCAUAUCGACACCGCCCAAGGUGCCCCCAUUCUUAUCUUCUCCUUCCCCAUUUCAUACGACCACCCUCAGGAUACGAAACCGAAGGUCCUUCCCUCCCAAUACCAACAACCAACGCUGACACGCCUACCCAUAGGCUUUGUUGGCGCCGCAAUCCGCGACACCGGCCUCGCGCGCUCCGAGUUCUACGUGACGACGAAAUAUUCACGCAGCGCAUUCUCUGUGGACCAGUCAAUCAACAAUAGUCUGUCCCAGCUGGGCCUCAAAUUCGUUGACCUAUACCUUAUCCACCAGCCCUCUCUGUCGGCGGACAUUACUGCCACGUGGAAGGAGCUGGAGGCAGUGCAGAAAGCCGGGCUCGCAAAGUCCAUCGGGGUCUCCAACUUCCCGCUCAACCACCUCAAACAGCUUUGCUCGGACCCCAGCGUCACCAUUCUUCCCGCAGUCAACCAAAUCCAGCUCCAUCCAUACAACUACCACCGCCAGCGCGAGCUCAUCGAGUGGGCCCAGGCACAGGGGAUCGUUAUCGAGGCGUAUGGCGGGUUGAACUCGCUGACUCAGUCACCUGGCGGACCCGUCGACACGCCUGUCGCCGCUGCCGCCGCCCGUCUGUGCAUCUCGCCAACGCAGGUGUUGUUGGGGUGGUUGCGGGCAAAGGGGGUGGUGAUCGUGACGACGACGUCUCAUGAGGGAAGAUUGGCGGAAUACCUCGCUGCGGGUGAUUUGCGCCCGCUCCCGCCCGCGGACGUGGCCGCCAUCGACGCUGCCGGCGCGCAAGGCUACCGCAUUCCACGCAUCUUGCGCUCCACAAUAUCGUUGAAUGGCCCGCAUUCCAAGCAGGCCGCGUACGCGUUUACGCUCAUCAGCAUCGUGCUGGUGGCGACUGGAUUGGGCGUCUUGAUGUACCUGCGGCUUUCGGGCAUGCGCUUUCCGUGGGAUGAGCGGGAGGCAGGAGAUGUGUUCUCGUUUGGGAUGGCGACAUUGGCGAGAGAGGAAGAUUUUGGGGUGGGCUGCAACUGA